GUCAUGUGCUUUUUAUUAGCUCAAGAUGGCUCGCGGGGGGCUCCGGCGGAUGGUCUCGAAAGGCUUCGUGUUUUUGCUAGGGACCGUAAUUUAUCUGUCGUGUCUUUCGUCUUGUUUUCCUCGCGUUAGAAAGUCAAGGACGCUCCGCACUGGUUUCGUUAACGAGAACAGCAAUGCGUCGGUGGCUGACGAGCUGUGGUUCACGCAAAGACUCGACCAUUUCUGCGGGGCUGAUACGCGGGUUUGGAAGCAGAGGUACUUCGUCAAUGACACUUACUUCCGAAGUGGGGGACCUGUAUUCCUGAUGAUUGGCGGGGAAGGCCCGGCGAAUCCGGCUUGGAUGCGAUACGGCACAUGGCUGAUAUAUGCCCAGAAGCUCGGAGCGCUGUGCGUGAUGCUGGAACACAGGUUCUACGGGAAAAGCCAUCCUACUGAAGACCUCAGCACUGAGAGCCUUCGCUAUCUCAGUAGCAAGCAGGCUCUGGCAGAUCUGGCUCAUUUCCGCACUGCUUUUGCUCAGAAACGGGGACUGAUCGGGAACAAGUGGGUGGCAUUUGGUGGCUCGUACCCGGGCUCGCUGGCAGCCUGGUUCAGACUGAAGUAUCCACACCUUGUCCAUGCUGCUGUAGCUACUAGUGCACCUGUCCAGGCUGUCGUCAACUUCCCAGAGUAUCUGGAGGUUGUGAGGCGGUCUCUUGCGACUCACAGUCCUGAAUGCCCACAGCUUGUAAAAAAUGCCUCUGACACGCUCCUUGGGAUGUUGAAAGACCCUAGAACCUAUGAUAACAUCACUAAAGAUUUCAGCCUCUGCGAGAAGCUCCAGAUACAGUCCAACAUGGACCUGGCCUACUUCCUAGAAACGGUGGCGGGGAAUUUCAUGGAUGUGGUCCAGUACAACGAGGACAACCGGGAGUUUGAGGGCGUACUUGGAACAAACAUUACGAUCAAAGCACUUUGUGGCAUAAUGUCCAAUGUGUCUCUUGGAGAGCCAUAUAAGAGGUAUGCUGCUGUCAUGGCUUUGAUGCUGAAGACCUUCUCCCAGAAGUGUCUGGAUGGGAGCUACAGUGCCUACGUCAAGGAAAUGGGAAACUCCUCCUGGAAUGGUCCAGCCUCAGGUGGAGGAAGACAGUGGGUCUAUCAGACGUGCACAGAGUUUGGCUUUUAUCAGAGCACUGACUCACCUGAUCAGCCUUUCAGUGGGUUCCCCCUGCCGUACCACCUGCAGCAGUGCGCCGAUAUUUAUGGGGCCUCGUUCACGGGCACCUCAGUAGCUGAUGCAGUGCAGCAGACAAACGAGUACUAUGGGGGCUAUGACAUCAGGAGCAGAAGAAUAGUCUUUCCCAAUGGUUCCAUCGAUCCUUGGCAUGCUCUGGGAAUCACCAAAGACAUUGCCGUUGACCUGCCAGCUGUGUUCAUUGAAGGUACAGCCCACUGCGCCAACAUGUAUCCAGCAAGAGAAGAGGACUUACCCCAGCUCAUCUUUGCUAGAGACCAUAUCUUUUUACUCCUCCAGAAAUGGCUUAAGCAAUAGAAUAUGUGGAAAAAGACUUUGUACUGUAUGUUACAAAACCAAAAAGGUACUGGCCAAGACUCCUUAAAAAAAGGCAUCGUGAUUCUGUAAGGCAUAAGGUUUUUUUGUUUUUUUUCAAAUAAACUGAUGUAAACGAAGUAUUAAGUAUGGCUUGAGAAAAACGUCCAGCCUGUAGUGAAAACAUGUACAGUAGUUUUAGAUUUGCUUUCGCUCACUGUGAUGACAGUCGUUGGGGCUACUGUGGGGGCAGGCUCUGUGAUGGAGUUUGGUGCUCUCUCUUCACGCAUCACCAUGGAAAUCAGGUCAGCUGCUGGACCGAUCGGCUGUUGUGGCUCAAGUACGGAACUACCCACCUACAGUACCAUCAGAGUGAUGUAAGGUACAAUGACUAAGAUUUAUAUAGCACAGUGCACAUGAUGAUGACUAAACUGUUGAAAAUAAAUGGAACUGUAAAUACUGAA